AUGACGUCAACGUUGCCCUCCUACAUAAAAACUUCCCAGCCUUGUGAAGUUUCUCGACAAGUUCAAUUAAAUAACAUUCGUGCCUAUUUUUCGGCUGAAUCGAUUCCUUUGUGCCAAGUAACACAACCCCGGCGCGAAAAUAUUCCGACGAAAGACGUUAUUUCCAUUGUGACACCACAAUUUUGUGUAAACGAUAAAAUUCGGUACACGAGGUCUUCUUUCAAAAAACAAAAAACUAUAAAUCAAGAAGAUUACAAUGGUGUAUUCGACCCAAUGGGGGAACAUGAAAACACCCUUAAAUUAUUAUCUAAUAGGGUACAAGAAAUCGAAACGGAUCCAAAUAGAAAACAAUUAAAACAAUGUAAAAUGGCAGAAUUGAAAAGAAAAACUUUUUUAAGGAAAAUAAGCUUGCAAGACAAUCAUUUAAAUUAUAAUCAAGAUUAUUGGUUGGAUUUAAGAAAAUCAAAAUCAUUUCACACAAACAGGAACGGCCUCGUUGAAACGGAUUUUGAUGUUUUCAACGAAGAAGAAAAAAAUUUCCAGAUAAAAGAAGAAGAAAAUAAAAAAAAAAGUGACAUUAAUUUAAAUGGUAUUACUAAUAUCGGUGAUUUCACACAACCUUUAUAUGAUUUCAAUGAUUUCUGUGAAGUUAAAUUAUGA